AACACUUUACAGUCUUUAACAGCGAUAUCUCAGGAAGGCAGCCAUAAUGCUUCCACUCUCACUUCUUACAGCCGCUCAAGGCAAGCCAAUGCUGGUGGAACUGAAGAAUGGAGUUACCUUCAACGGUCACCUAGUGGAAUGCGACACUUUCAUGAACGUUACUCUUCGAGAGGUUUACCAAACUUCAGCGGACGGCGAGCGAUUCUGGAAAAUGAAGGAGAUGUUUAUCAAGGGUAACAUUAUCAAGUAUUUCCGUAUAGCAGACAACAUUCUGGAACAAGCGGCUGAGGAACAAGACAAGGCCCGAGCAGCGAACAGAGCGCGAGGCGGAGCUAGAGGUGGACGGGGCGGACCAGGAGGUGCUCGAGGUGGUCGAGGUGGACCACCUGGGCGAGGCGGACCCCCCGGUCGAGGAGGUGGACCGGCACGUGGCGGAUUCAAUCAAAGGGGUAGAGGAGGACCACCUAGGGGCGGACCGCCUCGACCAUAAGCGGGCUAUCGGGAAGGGUGAUGGAAGCAAGGAAGAGGGAGUAUGGUUGAGAGAAGACAUUGGAAUGAGGAGAUUGGAGUAUUACACAUCUGCGUUCAACAGGCCGUCAAGAGUUAUGCAGACGGCCAAUAUGAUUUUUGCAGUCUUCUUUGCUAAUGGGG